GGACGUGACCUGGGCCUUCCGUCUCUUCGAUGUCAUUGCUCCUCGCUCAUGCCUAUAGGACUUGUCUCAUAACAAAUUCUGUGUAUUUUGCACUGACAUUUAAUUACGGGAUGUCCACGACAGUCCCAACUGUAACGACGGCAGAAGCUUUAGCUGCCGAAGUGGAAAACUCUCAGCGUCGAGGCGGGGGCCCUGAUCGAGGAAGAGGUGAAGAACAAGACAGAGGUCGUGGAAGAGGCCGUAGACGAGGUCGUCCUCCGAUCUAUGAUUCCCCUCGAAAUCAGAUCUCGUUGGACCCCAAUGCUACUGGAGAGACGACCGCGCCACCCGCUGUUGUGAAGAAGAAGACUCCGAGACCUCCUUUGACACAUUUCCUAUCUAUACCCAUCGGUCAUCAUGCUGACUUGAGACAGCGCAUCUCUGCAUUUACAACAGCUUUACUUGCUUCGGAUCCUGCCAUUCCCGGACUGGACGAAACUAUUAUCAUCUCUCCUCGCCGGCUACAUUUGACUUUAGGAGUCAUGUCCCUGGAUCUUGAGGGCCCUGGUCCCGACCCUGGUCCUGACCCUGCCCCGUCAGCGGAGGGAAGCUCUAAUAAUAGUAAUCUACGUCCGAAGACGCUUGAAUCUGCCACUCAACUCUUGAACGAGUUGAAGCCCAAAGUGACGGAACUGCUUGUAGGCCAAAAACUUCGUGUAGGUCUCAAACGAAUCAAUAUUAUGAAGCCUGAACAUGGUGACCCGGAUCGAGCCCACGUUCUUUGGGCGGGACCUGAUUAUAACGAUGAGGACGCUCGACGACUGAAUGCUAUUUCCACAUUCGUUCACAAGGAAUUCAGGAAGGCCGGUCUAGUCGUGGAUGACAAACGGCCGCUCAAACUUCAUAGCACGCUUGUGAACACAAUUUAUCGCAAACCUCGAGGUCGAAAGCCGUUCUCGUAUGCCGCCGUUAUCUCGUCUACUGCUUUCCAAGCAAUUGAGACGCAACCUCCCGAGCCUGCAAAUGCCGUCACUACUUCCGAGUCUACGAAUUCGGAAGUGAGGGAACACCCGCGAGGACGAAGUCCUCUGCAUGUGGACCUUGGUGAUUGGGAUGCCGAUGAAAUACAGAUUUGCGAGAUGGGCAGUUCGGGACCAGAAGGGGAAUAUGUUUGCGUAGGGCGCGUGUCGCUCACUUGAGCUUGUAUUUAGAAGUCGCCGCGCAGCUUGUGUCUCAAGUGAGCAGGAACAGCAAUGUUCUGAAACGAAAUAAAGACAAGGAGUGAUU